UGUUUGAAAAAUAAAUUGUUGCCAGUAUUAUUUGAAGGGUUGUCGAGACUAACGUAUCGUAUUGUAGUUUUACCUUAUACUAGACGUGUUCGCGAGACUCCAAAUCGGUUUAUUUAAGCUUUGAGAAUGAAACGCAUCGGUGAUCGUUGCUCAUGAAAUCUUCCGCAUCGACCAAUAUGGUGACGAGACGUGAUACUUCCCGCGGAUCAAGUCCCCCUCGAAAUGGCAGUUUUAACAACAAAAACAGAUCAUCUAGCACUGACCGAAAAUCACCGUUAAAGUCUUCGUUCAAAAAGGGGAUGAGCCCUGAGAGAAAAAAGCCAAAUAAUGCUGUAAAUAAAUCUUCUCGAGGAAACAGUCCGGCAAGAGUUAUUGCCCUGCCAAAGUCUAGUGGUAGCGAAACUGGGAGUAUAGAAAGGCUAGACGAAGACAACAACUUUCAAAGGAUAAUUACCAAGUACAGCGACAUUGAAGAUAACAUUAAUGUCGUUGUUAGAGUACGUCCACUUUGUAAUAAAGAGAUCAAAACUGGGGAAGAAUCCGUUAUCCAAUUUCCAGGAAAUGGACAAGUUUUGGUGGACGGUAUACCUGGAGGUCCAAGUGGUGGUCAAAAACCAAAACUUUUUUCUUUUAAUGUGGUUUUCGAGCCUGCGGCAACGCAAGAAGAUGUACUUCAAUAUUCUGGUAUGAAGAGACUUAUAGAAAUGGCCCUAGAGGGUUUUAGGUGUACGUGUUUUUGUUAUGGCCAGACUGGUAGCGGAAAAACGCAUACGCUUACAGGACCGCCAGGACUUUUUGGUUUAAAAACAGCUCCUUAUAGUGAUCAACACGGAUUGGUUUUUCGAUCCUUUAUGUAUUUAUUCCAAUUAAUCCAAGAAAAACCAGAGAUGCAUUUUGUACUUAAAGCUAGCUUUUUAGAAAUAUACAACGAAAAGGUUAUAGACUUAUUAAACCCAGGUAGUUCCAGAAAGUCUUUAGCAGUACGGUGGAGUAAAAAAGCUAGAGGUUUUUUUGUGGAAAAUCUAUUUUCUGUUGACUGUGAAGAGUUCGAUGAUUUGUUGGCUGUAUUGGAAGAAGGAAUGAGAAAUAGAUCAGUUGGCCGACAUAACAUGAACGACUACUCCAGUCGAAGCCACACAAUUCUUAGUGUUCAUAUAACUUCAGAACAACCCACUGAAGGUGGUGUAUUUAUUUCCCGAUCUGGAAAAAUCAAUUUCGUUGACCUAGCUGGUAGCGAAAUGACCAAAAAAACCCAAAGCGAAGGCAAAACUUUAGAAGAAGCUAAUAAUAUUAACAAGAGCCUAAUGGUACUAGGUUAUUGUAUUUCAUCUCUUAGUGACACCAAAAGAAAUAAAGGUCACAUUCCUUAUAGAGAUUCCAAAUUAACCAAAUUAUUGGCAGAUUCUUUAGCAGGGAAUGGCGUAACGCUUAUGAUAGCAUGCAUAUCACCGGCCAAGUCAAACAUUCAUGAAACGCUCAACACGCUGCGAUAUGCAGCGAGGGCGAAAAAAAUUCGAACGAAGCCCAUUGUGGUAAUGGACCCUAGAGAAGCUUUAAUAUUAAAUUUAAAACGAGAAGUAAGCACUCUUCAAAGCGAAAACCAACAUUUAAGGUCAGCAUUAAAUGCUUAUUCGGGGACAACUUUAAGCGAUGCGUCAUCAGUCGAAAAAAGAAUUCUUCAAACACCUCCUCAAGUCAACUUAGAAGAGCUCGCUGACUUGGAAGGACCUCAACUGGCCGAGUUAGUACGGCUAUAUAUGCAAGAAAAUGAAGCCCUGCGGAAAGAUAAUGCUGAGCUUUUCACCUCAAGAGAUUUACUGCAGAGAGAUCAUGAAGUUGUUUGUAGAGAAAAUGAGAGGCUAUUAAAAAAACUGGAGGAAGUCAACUCAAUAUGUUGCAGCUCUCCUCUAAUUCCAGCUAGACCGGCGUAUUCUGCGGAGGUGUUAAAUUCUGCUGGUGACAUUUCCAAUAUCUGGACGAACUCAGUAACUGAAAAGACUUCGAAAAUUCCAGAAUCUAUCAUAAAGGAAUUGAAUAAACAUCAAAUUGGCAACAGUUUCGUUCAAACUGCAACUCAUCGCAGACAUAAUUCAGUGGAAGAUAGAACGAAUGGUGCUAAAAAUCGUCGAGUACAAACACGAUAUUCUGAUGAAGAGAAUCCCGUAAAAAACGGAGAAAAAUCUCAAGAAGAAGCCAAUGACGUAAAUAAGAAAGACUAUCAAAGAAGAUUUUCCAUAGCUCGACAGGACAGCAAACCAAAGAACUCAGAAAUAUUUGGUAGUAUGAUUUCACUCAAUGACGAAGAUGAACAAUGAGCCUGACGUUUGUCCAAUGAAGGAACCGUCCACAUUAUUUGUAGCAUAGGGAGAUGCUGUUAAAAUACAAAGUUAUAAAAUAAACGUAACUCGUGACAAGGUCACUCAUUGCGUGUAGCUUACAAAUAUCAUUUAUCUACGAAAUUGAAUAUAUUGAAUUACCCUAAAAUUGAGAAUUCAAUUGUAUCCCUUUCCCUUUCCUCCCUCUGUUUAAGUCACUUGUAUUCAUAGAAGAAAAAAUAGAAAACAACAAAUAAAAAUAAUGUAAAAAUAUUUUUGUAUAAUAUGAUAAUACAAAGAUUAGAGUUCAAAAA